AUGCUAUCCUCCUUGCGUGUCGCCAUCAGCCGGCAAGCUGCCCGUCACCAGGCGGCCACCUUCAAUACAGCUGCCAUCCGGGCGGCGUCGACGUGGAGCAACGUGCCCCAAGGUCCCCCUGCUAUUCUGGGAAUUACCGAAGCCUUCAAGGCCGACAAGUUCGACAAGAAGAUCAACCUGGGUGUCGGCGCGUACCGUGAUGACAAGGGAAAGCCCUACGUUCUCCCCUCCGUUCGGGAGGCGGAACGCAUGGUCAUCGAAGACAAUCUGAACAAAGAGUACGCAGGCAUCACUGGCGUCGCCGAGUUCCCUCCUCUCGCGGCCAAGCUCGCAUAUGGCUCCGAUUCGCCGGCUCUCGACCGCAUCGCCAUCACACAGUCCAUAUCCGGUACGGGCGCCCUCCGCAUCGGCGGAGCCUUCCUCGAACGCUUCUACUCCGGCGACAAGAAGAUAUUCAUUCCGACGCCUUCAUGGGCCAAUCACAAGGCCGUCUUCACCGAUGCCGGCCUCAAGGUUCAGCCCUAUCGCUACUACAACAAGAAGACAAUCGGUCUCGACUUCGAAGGCAUGGUGGCGGAUCUCGAGGCCGCGCCUCAGGGAAGUGCCUUCCUCUUCCACGCCUGUGCCCACAAUCCCACCGGCGUCGACCCGACCCCCGAGCAGUGGAGGGAGGUCUCCCGCAUCGUCAAGAAGCAGGGACACUUUGCCUUCUUCGACAUGGCGUAUCAGGGCUUCGCUAGCGGCGACACCGACAAAGAUGCUUUCGCCGUCCGCCAUUUCGUCCAGGAGGGCCACCAGAUUGCUCUGUGCCAGUCGUUUGCGAAGAACAUGGGUCUCUACGGCGAGCGCGUCGGAGCCUUCUCGCUCGUAUGUGCGGAUCAGGCGGAAAGGAAACGCGUCGACUCGCAGCUCAAGAUCCUUAUCCGACCGAUGUACUCCAACCCUCCCAUCCACGGUGCCCGCAUCGCGACCAAGAUCCUCAGCAGCCCGAGGCUGUACCAGCAAUGGCUCGCCGAAGUCAAGGAGAUGGCCGACCGCAUCAUCACCAUGCGCGCUCUUCUCAAGGACAAUCUCGAGAAGCUCGGCUCCAAGCAUGAUUGGUCUCACAUCACCAACCAGAUCGGCAUGUUUGCGUACACUGGCUUGACUGCUGACGAGAUGGACAAACUGGCGAAGGAGUUCUCCGUCUACGCCACCAAGGACGGUCGUAUUUCAGUCGCCGGAAUCACCUCCGACAACGUCGGCCGUCUCGCCGAGGCCAUCUUCAAAGUCAAGGGCUAA